AGCGGGUGCGCGCACUGACCCGCCCUGCAGCUGCAAGCCAAGCGGAAGACCGAAUGGCAGGGGGCGGGGCCGAGGCGCAGGCGGGCUCAGAGGAGUCGGAUUCCUGAAGCAGCAAAAACCCUGGCGCCAGAGCUAGGCCAAGCAGAGCAGCGCUGCAAAGCCGAGGCCGCGCGGACUUGUCAGAGACCCACCGCUGCCUGCGCCUUUGCUGCUGCAGUCAUCUCUCUUAUCCCUUGCCUACCUUUCGUGUCGCCUCCUCAAUCACCGUUUUGCAGCUGCAGCACCAUCGAUAACAGCUAAGUGGUCAAUUCUGGGACUCAGGGUUGGGAGUUGGGGCGGGUGCAAGGCGUAGGCAGUACAAGCUAGCCCGCCAUCUCCUGCGGCUACCGCCACUGCUGCAGACACUUCUCCUGGGCGGGAAAGAACCCUGUCAAAAGGCCCACGCUGUCCCAGUGCCCACGGUCAGAGGAUUUCUGUCAAGCCUUGGUGAGAGCCUUGCGCUUGGGGAAGGGAGGACGGACACGGAGAUCACGAAAAAAGAUCUCAUAUUGGAUAGUGUUGACAUUUUGUCAGCUUAAUUGAGCAAGUGGCAGCUUUGCUUGAGCCUCCUUAAACCCUGAGCCAUGUCACCCCCAACUGUGCCCCCGAUGGGUGUCGAUGGCGUCUCUGCAUACUUGAUGAAGAAAAGGCACACCCACAGGAAGCAGAGGCGCAAGCCCACUUUCCUCACGCGUAGGAACAUCGUGGGCUGCCGCAUUCAACACGGCUGGAAGGAAGGCAAUGAGCCCGUGGAGCAGUGGAAGGGUACAGUGCUUGAGCAGGUUUCCGUGAAGCCCACUCUCUACAUCAUCAAAUAUGAUGGCAAAGAUAGUGUGUAUGGACUAGAGCUGCACCGAGAUAAGAGAGUUUUAGCGCUAGAAAUCCUUCCUGAAAGAGUGCCAACUCCUCGCAUUGAUUCGCGUCUGGCAGAUUCCCUGAUUGGCAAAGCAGUGGGGCAUGUAUUUGAGGGUGAACACGGUACGAAAGAUGAAUGGAAGGGCAUGGUCCUGGCGCGAGCCCCUGUGAUGGACACUUGGUUUUACAUCACUUAUGAGAAAGAUCCUGUCCUUUAUAUGUACACACUGCUGGAUGACUACAAAGAUGGUGACCUGCGCAUCAUUCCAGAUUCCAACUACUAUUUUCCUACAGCAGAAAGGGAGCCCGGAGAAGUGGUCGACAGUCUUGUGGGCAAGCAAGUAGAACACGCCAAAGAUGACGGGUCCAAGAGAACCGGCAUUUUUAUCCAUCAAGUGGUGGCCAAGCCAUCCGUCUACUUCAUUAAGUUUGAUGAUGAUAUUCACAUUUAUGUCUAUGGCUUGGUAAAAACCCCCUAAAUUCAUUUUUUUUUUUUUUGCAAAAGUCGUGGAACUAUUAGAUGUAAAAUAUGUCAUGUUCUUGUAAUUGUGAAUUUUUGAGAACAAUGUUGGUGUCAGAGAUUCAGGAAUUUAUUAGUUGUUACUUAUUGUGCCUCCAAAUUUUACAUGGACUAGUCCCACGGUUUUGUCCCAAGCCUAUGUUGGUACUUUUGAUAAUUGCCUUGUUCUGUAAUUGAAGAUUAAAUUUGGGGGUUAAUAGAAAAUCGAAAAGUAUUCAUGACCAUUGGAACAAUGAAAAACUAAGAAAAAUUAUUGGUGUAACCCCACUCCAGAUCCUUUCCCCUACUUUAUCUCCCCUCUUCUUCCCAUGUAACAUGUAUUAAGAACAUGAUAUAUAAUCUUCCACGUUUUCCCCAUCCACUUACAGAAAGUUUGUUGCAGUCUCUUCUGUAAAAAUGAAAAGCCACAUCAUUUCUCUGUAAUUGCUUUUCACAUUUGGAAUAUCCAUGGUAUCUUUUCUAAUCAUUAGUUGCAAGUUUCUCUCCUUCCCUCUCCCCUUUCCCUCCUCUCCUCUCCCAGUCCCCCUAUGCCUCUGGAAUUUAUUUUUGUAAAUGGUAUAACAUAGAGAUCUAAUUACACAUUUUGUUCAUAUCAGGUACUGAUUAUGCCAUCACAUUUGUUAAAUAAAUCACCCAUUUCUCUUCUUCUCUCUCUCCUUCCCUCUAGCAGCUGCAUAUACAAUAUAUUUAUAAACCAAAAAGGAAUUCAACCAUUUUAUUAUUGAUGGUCACUUAAAUUAUUUCCCUCCCUUUUUUCAUCAUAACACUGCUGCUAUAAAUACUGGUGCUUUUAUUUCUUUUGGGUAGAUCCCCAGAAAUGGGAUUGCUAGGUAGGAGGUAUAUUUAAUUCUAAAGGAUAUUACAAAAUUAUGAUACAAAAUGAAAGUGCUCAUUUCCCAGUAUCCUCUCCAGCACUCUUUCAAGUUUGCAAAUCUGGAGGGUGAAAAAUUACAUAAUAUUUUUAAUUGACAAAUUCAAGGAGGUUUGUUUGUUUGACUAUUUGGAUUUUUCGUUUUUGUGAUUUGCCAGUACUUAUCCUUUGCUCAUUUGUUUAUUGAAGUUUUGUUCUUAUAAAUUUGUAGGAGUUCUUAUUACAUUUCUCUAGGGUACAUAUUAAUCAUUUGUAGCACAUUUGUAUUUUUCACAUUCUGUCAUUGAUCUUAACUGUAUUGAUGGUAUCUUUUACUUUACAAUUGUUGCUGUCAUUUUUAAUUUUUAGGUAGACUACUACCUACUUUUUGGCUUUUGAGUUUACUGUCUUUUUCAGAUGAAUGUCAUGCAAAUAUUCACCUACAUUUUUUUUUCUAAAAUUUUCAUUAAUUUUAAGGCUUUAACUCCAUCUGGAGUUUAUUUUGUAUAUGGUAUAAGACGAAGGUUCAGAUAUACAUUUUGUUCACAUUGGAUUCCUGAUUACACUAUCAUUUAUUAAAUAAACCACCCAUUUUCAAGUUUGUGAGUCAGUAUUCUAAUCAUUUAACUCUAGUGGCUUGACCAUAAAUUUUGAACUCUGGUAAAGCAAGUUUCCUUUCAUGAGGUAUUUUGUUUUGUUUUCCAUUUCUUCUUUUAUAUAAAUUGUUCUAGCCAUUCAUUCUUUCUAUAAAAAUUGAAAGCAUUCUUUCCACAUUUUAAAAAUCCUAAUAUCUUAGAGUUGUGUUACAUUUCUACAUUUCUAUUUGUUUUUUCCUACAUUUCUAUUUAGAGGACAAUUUUAAUGGUAUUAACCCUUAAGGCUCCAGAGUUGUGGUACAUCAUUAAAAUCUUUUGGUUUUGGUUUUGUUAUGUUCUUCAUAAGGAUCCAUUAUAUCUGAUUAAAUUUAUUUCUAAAUAUUUUUACAGAUAUUGUCACAUUUUGACAUUUUGAAUUGGGUGUUUUUUCCUCCUCAUUUGUAACUUUUUAUUUUUAACAAUAUAGACAAACCACAGAUCAUUUAAAAAAAAUUUACCUUAUAUUGAAUCAGCUUACUAAAGUCUCUUAUUACACUUAAAAAAUGGAAUAUUUAGAAUAUUUUCAGUCUUGUAGGUAUAUAGUCAUUUCAUCUGCAAAUGAAGAUAAUUUUAUUUAUUCAAAGUAAUGUUAACUAAUGAUUAUGACAGAUAUGCUUCUCUGGUAUUAAUUUUCACAGAAUUGUCUUUAGUGCUAUUAAUAUGACAUUUGCUAUUGGUUAUUGGCAAAUAGUCACUAGCCGUUAGAAUGUUUAAGGAGUUUAUUUUAUUCCAUUUUUUAAAAAAUUCCUGUUUAAAAAAAUUUUUUUUAAUUUAAAUAAAUAAAAAAUUCCUGUUUCCAUUAGGGGGCUUACUAAAAAUGGCUCCUGAAAAUUAUCUAAUGUCUUUCAGCAUCCAUUGACAAAAUCAUAUGAUUUUGUUUUCCUUUAAUUUGUUGAUAUAAUGAAUUAGAGGAGUAAGUAUUUGAUGUUGAACCAAACUUGUGUUUCUGGAAUAAAUCCUACUUGGUCAUGUUGUAAUAAUCAUUUGAUAUAUUGCUGAGUUUUAUUUGCUAAUAUUUUAUUUAGAAUUAUUGCAUUUAUAAUUCAAACUGAAAUUGUAUUUUUUUCUUUCUUACACUGUCUUUAUCAAGUUUUAUUUUUAAAAUCGUGCUAGUUUUAAAAAUGAAUUGUUGACUUUUCAGUCAUUUUUGUGGUCUGAAAUAACUUAAAAAGCAUUGGAAUUGUUUUUCUUUUUUAAAAUUUUUCUAUUUCAAAUUCCAGGUUUUUUUUAAUUAGCUAGUACUAAGCUAUAAAACAAUUUAAUCCUGGUAACAAUUUUGAUGGUAGAUCCUUAGUCAGCCUUCUUAUCUCUCCAAUGGUAAUUGGUUUAUUUACGCUUUCUAUUAAAAAGGAAUGUAUAGUUUCUGUAAAAAAUAAAAUUUAAAAUUUUCUCUAUUA